GCUCGGCGCUAGUGCCCAGGGCCGCUGCCGCCGCCGCCCGCCCGCCCGAAGCCGCGCCCACUGUCCAGAGCCAGAGGGAUGGUGGUAGUCACGGGGCGGGAGCCAGACAGCCGUCGCCCGGACGGUGCCAUGUCCAGCUCCGACGCCGAAGACGACUUUCUGGAGCCGGCCACCCCGACGGCCACGCAGGCGGGGCACGCGCUGCCCCUGCUGCCCCAGGAGUUUCCUGAGGUUGUCCCCCUUAACAUUGGAGGGGCUCACUUCACCACACGCCUGUCCACCCUGCGGCGCUAUGAAGACACCAUGCUGGCGGCCAUGUUCAGCGGGCGACAUUACAUUCCCACCGACGCCGAGGGCCGCUAUUUCAUUGACCGGGAUGGCACCCACUUUGGAGAUGUGCUGAAUUUCCUGCGCUCAGGGGACCUGCCACCCCGGGAGCGCGUACGGGCUGUGUACAAAGAGGCUCAGUACUAUGCCAUCGGGCCCCUCCUGGAGCAGCUAGAGAACAUGCAGCCUCUGAAGGGGGAGAAAGUGCGCCAGGCAUUUCUGGGACUCAUGCCUUAUUACAAAGACCAUUUGGAGCGGAUUGUGGAGAUCGCCCGGCUGCGUGCAGUGCAGCGGAAGGCCCGUUUUGCCAAGCUCAAGGUCUGUGUCUUCAAGGAGGAGAUGCCUAUCACCCCCUAUGAGUGUCCGCUUCUCAACUCCCUGCGCUUCGAGCGGAGCGAGAGUGACGGGCAGCUGUUUGAGCACCACUGCGAAGUGGAUGUGUCUUUUGGGCCCUGGGAGGCUGUGGCUGAUGUUUAUGACCUCCUUCACUGCCUGGUCACGGACCUCUCAGCCCAGGGCCUCACUGUGGACCAUCAGUGCAUUGGGGUGUGUGACAAGCACCUCAUCAACCACUACUACUGCAAGCGCCCCAUCUAUGAGUUCAAGAUCACAUGGUGGGUGUGGAAAGACUCUUCCUCCUGGAACAGCUUCUUCACCACCUUCUGGAGAUGUAACCGUAGUUGCCAAAGCCAUGUACCAGGUUGGCCUUAGAAAAGCACAAUGUUUACAGCCCUGCCGCAGGGCCUUGGCUUCUCCUACCUUCCACCAACCUUGCUUGCUUGAAGCGGUGUCUUCUCAGGGCUGUAAUGCAGACUUCAGAGGUUCCUUUUGAAGAUUUCCCUGAAUCAAGCAGGCAAGUCGCAUAGAUCUUCUGUUAUCUUUGAGAUGUAACAUCCUUUCUAGAGGCUCAAAAUAGCUCUUUGGCUGCCAUUUCAUGUGUUAGCAUCCAAUUUGUGGUGAACCUCCUUAGAUAGAAACCCCUUGUUUUUUUAACCCUAUUGCUCUAUCCUGCUAAUGUUCUCCUAGGAGAGUGUGCGUUCUGAGAAAGCGAAGAGAGGCCGGGGGGGGGGGAGGCACAGCUAUCCCGGGGGCUGUGGGAAGUCAGCAGCAGACCUCCAUCAGGUUUUACUGUCCACAUUCAGAGAGCGAGAAAGACCCACACGGUUCUGUUCCCACUGCAUUUCCUUUUGCUCCAUGUGCCAACCAGGGCAGGCAGUCAGGACGCAGGCGUGCAUCUCCGAAGGGGAGAGCUCCGCAGCACCAGUAGUUGGAAGAUACGAUCUCUGUGCUGCAGUAAGGACUCCUCCCUGUGAUCAUGAUUGUGCUCGACUAUUCCUGGGUGUUUUGUAGAGAGUUUUUUAUAUAUAAAAAAACUAGUGAGGACAGCCUCUUGGGUCUCAGUCCCACAAGACCAGAUUGGUGAGGGAGGGAAGGGAUAGCUAAAGAUGUCGGUGUCCUUCUGAGGAAGAGAAGGCCAAGCCUUGGACCUUGGCAGAGCUCCUUCCCAGGGCAGCGAUCUCCUGGCCCUCUGUGGGAACAGGGAUGCCAGGGCAUGGUUUUGCACUCGCACACUGUCUUUAUGGUGGAACAGACGUAUAGGAUGAGGUCUAAGAGGAAAGUAUACAGUCAGUUGUUCAGGUUCCGAGAUAUGCAUUCUCUCUCUAUUGUCCUCACCCACAAAAGAAUCCUCACUUUCCUGGAGUUGAUGUCCCUGCUUGAGACUUAGCCCACCAGCAUGCCUCUUGUCUUGUCCUAACAGAAGUCUCUCGUUUAAGUUGCUCCAGUUGGUGUUACUGCCUAAUACAGAUUCAUUUUUAGACAGACACUGAGGCAGGCUAUUCAGGAGAAAGUGCAGUGUGAGUAGAAAGCAGACAAUUAAUCCCAGUGUUUUCAGGAAUCUGGCCUGGGCCUCUUCUCUCUCCCAUCCUUGUCACAGAGCGUCACCGCACUUGGUUAUUUAGAGCCCAGACACGUAAGGUAGAGUGAUCAGCUUGCCCAAAAACAGGUCCUGAAGACAAGCUUGGGGCUACAGGGGUGCUGCACAAGGGCACUGUCCUCGUGCCUCUUGCUAGAGGCACCCCUUUGGAUCCGCUCUGCCCCUGUGUUGUUCCCACAAUGGUGUGUUCCGUGCCAUUGUGGGGGAGACGAGGCGCUGGGCCAGUAGACCAGGCAGCGAGACUGGCAGCCAGCUUAGAGCCCUUUGAAGUAAAAGAAUUCGGCGGCCCAGUUUGGCCAUUCUCUGAUGAGAAGCCAAGGCCAGGCUGAAAAGUGCUUUUGGAUGUGGCGGUUUGUGGUACUGGCCUCCAAAUAAAGGUCAUAUCUGAGGAAGAGACUUCUCCCGGCUGUCUCCUUUCUCAUCUCGAACUGGUCAAGGCUAGAGCAUAAGAAGGGUUGGAUUAGGAAGGAGGGCCCCAAAGGAUGAACACGUCUUCUCCAUCAAAAGGGAGUGUAUUUUCAUAGCAUUCUUGUGCAUAAUGUUGAUGGGUCAAACCAAAAGGUCUGCCUUUGGAGCUUCCGUUGUGUUGACUUUGGGCACCUUUGCUCCCAGGUGUCACCCUCACUGGUUGGGAAGGUGAAAGUUUUAGGAUACAGGAUUGUAUGGUGCAAGAGCAGCCACAGCAACGUUCAAUAAAAAUGAAAAUGUUAAUUAAUCACAACAAAAAAGAUUGAACAAAACCACAAUGGAACACAUCACACCAUCCCAGAAGGGGGAAUUUUUUGAGUAACACUCUAAAUAGAAGAAACAGAGGACUCGUCACCACCUUUAUUCUGCUUCUCGUUAACUCACGAGGCUGUCCAGUGCUUAUCACGUGGAAAGGAGGCCGCUGUGCUCUGAAAGUUUCUAUUCUUCCUUCCUGGGGCUGGGGGUAUUCUGGGAGCUGUCUGAACCGUGUGCCUCAGGCUGGUCAGGUGACAUUUUCUUCCUGUUCUGAGUCGCUUGUCGGAAGACUAGGAAGAAUGACGUUUGCAGACCACAAAGUGGCGUGAGCCUCAGUGUGCGGUCUUGGUCUAAGCUGGAUUUUGAAGAAGUUAAGACAAACGACAACAACAACAAAACAAAAACUACUCACACUGAUCCCAGUUAGAAUUUCAAGUAUCCUUCUGCGGACCUUCUGUCCAUAUUUGAUUGUAAGUGAUUAAGCUUUCUUGGGUACCAUUUUGCCGGGGCUCCUUCAUGAAGGCAGUGUCCACCUUGUAAUCUUUAAGAGAGGGAGGCUUUUGUUCUGUGUUCAUCAGAAGCCGGAGUGUGAGGGGCUGGGGUGGGAGAGGCCCUUUUUAGAAUUCUGGAAGAAACACCCAUGUAUACGUAUGUGACUUGGGAGAAGGGCGGGUUGGCAGGGUAUAGGAAGACUGGGUAUAGGAACAGGUUGCCUCUGGGGUAUGGGGGAGGGGUGUCACCUGGGCCCACUGUCUCCCUUCUGUAGGGUGUCGGGUUCGUGUACAUGGUAUAACAUUUCCUAUGUUCGUUUACCCCGUCUGUGAGCGCGUGGGUGCAUGGAGCCUCAGUCCCCUCACGUGGCAUUAAAGUAAAGAAUUAGAACCUG